ACCCCGGGACACGGCGGGACACGGGCACCGGGUGAGGUUUCACCAUCCCCGGCCCUGCCCAAAGCGGUACCGCCCAAGGCCAGGGCCGGGCUCUGCUCCCCCGCUCUAUAAGAGCCGGAGCCACAUCCCGGGACACGCUCGGGAACGCGGGGAAUCAUCGGGAACCGCCCGAUCGGGAACGAGCCGGGUCCUGCCCGGCAGCGGCUGCAGCGCGUUCACUCUGGAGCCGACUGAGAGCAGCGGCCGCGGGGCCGAGGGGCCCCGGGGACCCCAGGAGGGGUCCUGGCCCCUGCAGCACCCGAUGGGGGUCUCGGCGGAGCCGGGCGCGGGCCCCGGAGCCGCGCCGGAGUCUGUCAUCGACCCCGACAUGGAGGCCUUGUUCGAUGAGUUCCUGGGGAAAGAGCUCUCGCCGGAGCUGACGGGGCCCUCGGCGGCGCCGCCGCUGCCCCGGGGCCGGCCCCACCACUUCGUGCUGCGGGACACGGAGCAGCGCGGGCUCUGCCUGCGCGGGGGGCGCCUGGUGCCCACCCCCCUGCAGGGAGCCAGCGCCGACCAGGAAGAGAUCUUCAGUGCGGUGCCCAACCCGCACCUGGAGCGCCGGCGCUGCCCCCUCAUCGUGGGCAUCCGGGGGGGCAGCCAGGCCCUGUCCUGCACCCCCGGCCCCGAGCCCCGCCUGCAGCUCGUGGACGCGGCGCUGCUGGAGCUGUUCUCGCUCGGGGCGGGGGCCUCCCCCUGCACCUUCUACAAGAGCUUCGGGGGCUCCACGCACAGCUUCGAGGCGGCCGCGUGCCCCGGGGCCUUCCUCAGCACCGCGGGGGGGCAGGAGCUGGGCCUGGCCCCCCCCCACGGCGCCACCGGCUUCUACCUGCACCGCAGGUGACCCCCGGCG